CGUUUUAUGUUCUCACAAUUGAUCUAAUAUCUUGUCAUCAUCCAUCUUCUGGGUUUCGUUGAUUUGGCUGCGAAAAAAAGCUUCAAAGAUUAUUAUUAUUUGGCCCGAAAUUGAAAAACAAAGGUUGCAUUUUCAGGGGAAAAAGUACACGACAUGAGGGCCAUAUUUUGUGGCAAUCUGGAGUUUGACGCUCGCCAAUCAGAUGUUGAGCGGCUUUUCAGAAGAUAUGGGAAGGUUGAUAGGGUGGAUAUGAAAUCUGGAUUUGCUUUCGUUUAUAUGGAGGACGAGCGAGAUGCUGAUGAUGCAAUUAGAAGAGUUGACAGGAUAGAGUUCGGUAAAAAGGGACGCAGGCUUCGUGUAGAAUGGACUAAGCAGGAUCGUGGUAGUAGGAGGCCUGAAAUUUCCAGAAAACCUGCUGCAAAUACUAGACCUUCAAAGACUUUAUUUGUCAUCAACUUCGAUCCAGUUCAUACUCAGACAAGGGACAUAGAGAAGUAUUUUGAACCAUAUGGUAGAAUAUCAAAUGUUCGAAUCAGAAAGAAUUUUGCGUUUGUUCAGUAUGAGUCAGUGGAUGAUGCUAGCAGAGCAUUAGAAGCAACAAACAUGAGCAAGUUCAUGGAUCGAGUUAUUUCUGUAGAAUUUGCAAUUAGAGACGAUGAUGACAGGAGAAAUGGUCGCAGUCCUGACAGAAGAGGUCGUGAUAUGUCACCUGACAGAAGAGGUUAUGACCGUCGGCGUUCUCCUAGCCCAUAUAGAAGGGAUAGGGGUAGUCCUGACUAUGGGCAUGGAGCACCUCUAAACUCAAGGCUUCAGACCAGGAGAAGUCCUGAGUAUGGUCGAGCAGAAAGUCCCGUCAAUGAGAGAUAUCACAGUCGUUCACCACCGCCACGUGUGAGAUCUCGAUCUUGAGAAGAAAACUUCCAAGCAAAGAUUUCAUAAGAAAAAAACACCUUCCAAUUCAAGAAAGAAGUAUCAGUUGUUUAUGUUGUUCUGUAGGUCUCAUCGUCGUCUGGAAUUUUUAUCUUUAACCUUAGGUAGUCAACCUGCAGAUUUUUACUAUGUUGUACCAUUUUGUACUUUAGUUUGAUGUUCGUUUCCAUUGGCGAGUAUGUUGUGUGCACAAAUAUUAAAAAUACUACUCAUUGUUGCAUUAACUGAAAAGGAGAAUGCUCUUAAAAACUCCUUGAUUCUA